AUGCAAAUGGUUGGGAGUGGAGAAAAUGUUUCAGUUAUAGAGUUAUACAAAUUUUUCUUAUGUACGUGUUAUAGAAAUUGGUUUGUAAGCACAUGUGACGAGUGGUUUGUGGGUCUUCUGCAAAAGGUUGAUGAACGUCAGCAUAGCCUGGCACUUUUAACUGUUGGAAAUGCUGCUGCUGUAAUCUUCAUUGGGACUUUUGGUGCACUUGCGUUUGGUGAGGCUGAUCUGCCUAUUGAUGAUAUUGCUGCAGUUUGCCUUCUGAUAUAUUUUGGAGUUUCAACAUUGCUUGAUGCUGUGUCAAGUGAAAAUCAAAUGGCAGAAGAUGAACAAAAGGAGGUCAAACUACCACUUCUUUAUAUGAUUUCUUUCAGAAUUUCUGGAAAUCGAGCUGGGAUCUUAGCUGCUGCUAACACUGUUAUUAGCACUUUCCUCUUAGUUUUCGUUGCCGAGUGGGGUGAUAAAUCAUUUCUUGCACAAUCGCACUAGCAGCAGCCUCUUCACCUCUUGGUGUCAUUGCAGGCGCACUAGCUGUUCAUGGUGUUGCUACUCUGGCCAUUGCCUACAUCGGCGGUACUCUCUUUCUCGUCUUCGCUGCUGUAACAUUGAUUGAGAUUAUGAAUUAGAGGUUGGAGUGAGAUAUCAAAGUCACAUUUUUGUGCACUUUAUUCUUUGCUCCUGUUAUUGAUGAUAUCUACUUAUAUGAUGGAUUUAUCGCGUGGAUUUGUUACAUAUUGAAUCAAAUCAUGAGCCGAGACAGGAGGGUAUAAUUGCAUCCCAUAUGAUUUUCUUGUUGCUGAAUGUCUCUAAUUGGUGGCUGAUAUAACACAGAGAACUUUAAAGGUCAAGCAGGCCAGGUUGGCUCAAAAAUGAGGUUUGUAUUGUGGGAAUUCUUCUCUUUCUUUAACUCUUCAAGAGUGGGGUAACAAUGUGUACACACAUACGGAAGGUGCAGACGUGGCAGACCCAUGCCCAUCCAUGAAAACUUUUAACAGAGAAUAAAAAAAUCAGCCUUAAAAAGAUGAUUGUGAAAGUGGAGAAACCCCACUUCUGGCCUCUUUCUUUGGCAACUUUCACCUUUAACCUAUCUUUUUCCACCUCUGCUGCGUUCUUUGCCUAUCUGUCCAAUGCUCUACUCCACUUUCUUCCUUACUGUUCUUACCUUUGUAGCAAUAAUUAACUUCAUUAUUGCAAGAAUUAUUAGUAAAAUUAAAUACAUCAUU